GUUAAAGUGCCACAACAAAUGCACCAAAGAAGCUCCACCCUGUCAUCUCCUGAUCAUCCACCGAGGUGAUCCAGCAAGGUUGGUCCGGACAGAGUCAGUCCCAUGUGACAUCAACAACCCUCUACGGAAACCACCCCGGUAUUCAGACCUGCACAUCAGUCAGACUCUCCCCAAAACCAACAAAAUCAACAAGGACCACAUCCCUGUCCCUUACCAGCCAGACUCCAGCAGCAACCCCUCGUCCACGACGUCCUCCACGCCCUCCUCACCAGCACCGCCCCUCCCUCCUAGUGCCACGCCACCUUCUCCCCUACACCCUUCCCCACAGUGCACAAGACAGCAGAAGAACUUCAACCUGCCAGCAUCCCACUACUACAAAUACAAGCAGCAGUUCAUCUUCCCAGAUGUGGUGCCGGUGCCAGAGACGCCGACCCGGGCACCCCAGGUCAUCCUGCAUCCAGUGACCUCGAAUCCAAUCUUGGAAGCAAAUCCAUUACUUCAAAUUGAAGUGGAGCCAACCUCGGAGAACGAAGAAGGCCAUGAUGAGGCUGAGGAGUCGGAGGAUGACUUCGAGGAGAUGAACCUGUCCCUCCUCUCAGCGCGGAGCUUCCCACGCAAGGCCAGCCAGACCAGCAUCUUCCUUCAGGAGUGGGACAUCCCCUUUGAGCAGCUGGAGAUCGGUGAGCUCAUUGGAAAGGGCCGCUUCGGGCAGGUGUACCACGGCCGCUGGCACGGCGAGGUGGCCAUCCGGCUGAUCGACAUCGAGAGGGACAAUGAGGACCAGCUAAAGGCCUUCAAGCGGGAGGUGAUGGCCUACAGGCAGACACGGCAUGAGAACGUCGUGCUCUUCAUGGGUGCCUGCAUGAGCCCGCCCCACCUGGCCAUCAUCACCAGCCUCUGCAAGGGACGAACACUCUAUUCUGUGGUGAGGGAUGCCAAGAUUGUCUUGGAUGUCAACAAAACCAGACAGAUUGCCCAAGAAAUCGUGAAGCCUCCAGGAGAAGGUCAGGCAGUGCUCAAUGGAGGAAAGCAAGAAAUCCUGCAGAGCCGGUUCUGGGGACCUGGGCUCAGUGCUAGGAGGACUGGCCCUCCCUGGGCUGUGAAUGGAGCUCAUUCCGUGCUUUACUUCUCCAGGCGGGAGGACAAACUGCGCAUCCAGAAUGGCUGGCUGUGCCACCUGGCGCCCGAGAUCAUCCGCCAGCUGUCCCCUGACACGGAGGAGGACAAGCUCCCUUUCUCCAAGCACUCUGACGUCUUUGCACUAGGCACAAUCUGGUAUGAACUCCAUGCCAGGGAGUGGCCUUUCAAGACCCAACCAGCAGAGGCAAUAAUCUGGCAAAUGGGCACAGGCAUGAAACCCAACCUCAGCCAGAUUGGCAUGGGAAAAGAAAUCUCGGACAUUCUUCUCUUCUGCUGGGCCUUUGAGCAAGAAGAGAGACCUACCUUCACCAAGCUCAUGGACAUGCUGGAGAAACUGCCAAAGCGAAACCGCCGCCUGUCUCACCCCGGACAUUUCUGGAAGUCUGCAGAGUAG